GCUACACAUUCUCUCUCUACCAAUUCACCCAAAAAGAAGAGAGAAACUAAAAAUUCUCUACAUUUCUCUAACUCUCUAACAAUGGCGGGUCGAUUACAAUCUCACCAAUUACCAAGUGGACUCUACGUUUCAGGUAAACUCGAACAACCUAAAGAACGACCACCGACAAUGGCGGCUCGUGCUAUGCCUUACACCGGAGGCGAUAUCAAGAAAUCCGGCGAGCUCGGAAGGAUGUUCGACAUCUCCGUCAAUGAUCCCACCUCGUUUCAAAGACCUCCGUCGAUUUUCUCCGGCGAAUCAGCUAGACAGCCACCGCCACGUGUCCCCUCUGCUUCGUCUUCGAAUCCGAAUAGUGGAUCCGUUCGAUCCGGAUCUCAAUCGGGUCUAAUUAGAAAAUCUUCAGGUCCUCUUUCUCAGCUUCAACCCACCGGUUUAAUCACCUCCGGUCCGCUUAAUUCGUCCGGUCCAAUUGGGUCCGGGUCAAGAAGGUCGGGUCAGAUUGAUCAACAUCAUCAAACGAGUAAUACAAGAUCGAGCAAACCCAAGUAUGGAUCCGGUGUGACGGUUUUGAACUCGGAUCCGAUUCGGGUCGGGUUUAGAGUACCAAAAGCUGUGAUUUGGGCAGUGAUUGUAGUUGCAGGGAUGGGUUUAUUAAUUGGUGCGUUUUUCUGUGGCGGUGAAGAAGCCAUUAGUUGUGGUGGUGAUUGUGGCGGCGAUAUUUCCGGCGGUCGUGGUUUUUGUGUGGAAUUGUAUUUGGAGAAGAAGAGGGUUGUAACAUGUGGAAGUAUCCCGCUUGAGUCGUCAUACCAAAGGAUACCGAGAUGUGUUUAUGUAUCGACGGAAUUACAUGCUGAGAGAUAUGUAUCGGAUUUUUACAUUUCGGACUUUCAAUCCGGAUUGCGAGCACUUGUUAAAGCAGGAUAUGGAUCAAAAGUUUCUCCAAUUGUCAAACCAACAACAGUAGCUAAUGUAACCUCGCAAACUAAGGAUUUAUCUCCAAGCUUUCUACAAUGGUUAGCGGAUCGCAACCUUUCCAAUGAUAACUCUGCUAUGCGUCUCAAAGAAGGAUACAUAAAAGAAGGGAGCACCGUAAGCGUGAUGGGAAUGGUGAGGCGACACGACAACGUUCUGAUGAUCAUUCCUCCUGCGGAAUCCGUCGCCACUGGCUGCAAAUGGUGGCGUUGCCUCCUCCCAACUUAUGUGGAUGGCCUUAUCAUUACUUGUGACGAGAAUCAGAAUGCUGAUGUCAUUCCUGACGACUCAAAGCAGGCAACUGGUGUCCUCUCCACCGUAAAUGCUUCGUUCUUAAAAAGAUACUGUGACAUGGAGAGGAACGAGAAGAAAAGUCUGAUUAAUCAAAUCUUCUCUUGGUCCAUCAAUUAUAUUCUCAACAAAGAUAUCUACAAGGAAGAGAUAAGGUCGAUACCAGACAGGUUUUGGUCCGUUGAUGAAUACCUUAACUGCUUUGUUCCUCUGCUACUAGAGGAAACACGUACCGAGUUGUUCUCAAGCUUGAACUCUUUGUGGAAAGCUCCUGUCUUUUACAUACAUUCCGUGGAGGCUACGGCAAUUAAAUUACCGAGUAGAAGCUCAAACAAGGUUAAUAUAUCAGGACUGAUGAGUGUUGCACAAGGAAAUAGAACAAGUUACGAGCCGAAACAUGGAGAUCUCAUUGCUCUCACAAAAGCAGCAAGGCCAACACGCGUGGAUGACUUAAACCCACUGAUUCUUGGAUAUGUGUUCUCUGUUGAAGAUGAGCUACAUUUCUCUGUUCAUUCCUCCAAAACUAUAUCCAUUGAUGAGCAAUUUUCGUUUCGUUCGGGUGUUUUUCUUAUGAAUUUGGACCACAAACACUCGUAUCUGGAAGGCUUUGCACAACGGAGAUGCCAACUUGAGUCUCAUCAAGAGUGUCCUUCAAGCAAAUACCGCGAGCAGUCUGUUUCUUCUAGGAAUUGGGGGAAUGAUGUAUCGGGAAUUAUGCGGUCUGCAAACUUGAACACUUCUCAGGAAUCUGCAAUUUUGAGUUGCUUGGAGACAAGAAAUUUACGUGACAAGGCUAGUGUGAAACUGAUUUGGGGACCACCUGGUACCGGCAAGACAAAGACAGUUGCUACUCUUCUGUUUGCUCUUCUCAACCUAAGUUGCAAAACAGUUGUGUGUGCUCCUACAAACACGGCUGUAGUAGAAGUUGCAUCGAGGCUCUUGGCGUUAUUUAAGAAAUCUUCUUCAUCAGAACAUUCUACUUACGGUCUUGGGAAUAUUCUUUUGGUCGGAAACCGAGCUAGAAUGGGAAUAGAUGACAGGGGAAUGAUGAUCUCCUCAACGUGUUUCUUGAACAUCGCAUUAGUCCAGAAGGAUAUGGUGGUUUUGUACACGCAUCUGCCCAAGUCUUUUCUAUCAUCUAACGAUGUGAAGAAUAUGAUCGCAGCCCGUCAAGCUCUUCGCCGAGCCAGAUCUUUCUUGCAGGAGAAACAAGGAAGCUUCACAUUAGAUUGCUUUAACAAACUCAUCCGUGUUGAUUGCCUUCAGACUCUACGUUUGCUAUCAAAGCGUUUUGAGAUUCCAGCCUCGUUGAUAAACGAGGAUAUAAGGACAUUCUGCCUACAAAAUGCACACAUAAUCUUCUGCACUGCCUCGGGUGCUGCAGAAAUGACCGCGGAACGAACAGGAUCCAUAGACUUGCUUGUAGUUGACGAGGCGGCUCAACUUAAAGAAUGUGAAUCAGUUGCUGCAUUGAAACUUCAGGGUUUGCACCAUGCUGUUCUAAUAGGAGAUGAGCUUCAGCUACCAGCAAUGGUGCAAGCGAGGGCCAAAUUUGGGAGAAGCUUGUUUGAGAGAUUGGUUUUGAUUGGCCACAAGAAACAUUUGCUUAAUGUUCAAUAUCGUAUGCAUCCCUCUAUAAGCCUUUUUCCCAACAUGGAGUUUUAUGAUGGUAACAUCUCUGAUGCUGAGAUUGUUAAAGAAAGCACCUAUCAAAAGCGGUUUCUUCGAGGAAACAUGUUUGGCUCUUUCUCGUUCAUCAACGUGGGACUCGGGAAAGAAGAGUUUGGUGAUGGACAUAGUCCUAAGAACAUGGUUGAGGUUGCCGUGGUUUCUGAGAUCUUAACCAAUCUUUUCAAGACGAAGAUGAGUGUUGGUGUUAUUUCACCUUAUAAAGCUCAAGUUAGAGCAAUCCAAGAGAGGAUCGGAGAUAAGUACACCUCCGUAUCAGAUCAGCUUUUCACUUUGAAUGUUCGGUCGGUGGAUGGGUUUCAAGGAGGAGAAGAAGACAUUAUUAUCAUAUCCACCGUUAGAAACAACGGUAACGGAAACAUAGGGUUUCUCUCUAACCGUCAAAGAGCCAACGUUGCACUGACUCGUGCAAGGCACUGUUUAUGGGUGAUUGGUAACGAAAGAACUUUGGAGCUGAGUGGUUCGAUUUGGACAAAACUUGUAAGGGACUCGAAGAGACGUGGAUGUUUCUAUGAUGUUGUUGAUGAUAAAAAUUUAAGAGAUGCCAUGAACAAUGCUCUUCCCAAGGUCGACAUGUCUGAUGUGUGGUCGAGUUUUCGAUCUCUUUCAAUCAGGAAAGAAAGAAGAAAUGCUUGGUAGCUCUUUUACCAAGGUAUCUAUGAAUGGUUUUAAUUUGUUCUCUUUUUGUGGCUUCGAUAUCUAUGGAUAGUAUUGAAUUAUUAGUGUAUUUUUAUGAAUCUCUUUCUUGCUAAACAAAUAAUUAAUGUAUCU